CCUGUCCCCUGCACGUACUCGUGCGGCGCCACUAUGUCGUGUGUUGAACACCGUGUUGGUCCAGCCCGCCACCCCCACGAAGCGCCAUGCGGUGGGGCUGUCCGUUGUGGACUGUAUGUGGCGCUGCCGCACAUACCACCCCCCCUUCCUCGUCUUUUUGCCACCGCUACCAAAAGAGACAAACUUCGAAACAUUUGCGUCCACAUGCCGCAUCAAGCUGUCAGAGGCGUUGGUGGCCAUUCCCCCGUUGGCUGGACGCUUCGUGGCUCGCGAUGGCGGCAACCUGGCUGUCGACUGUAACGAUGCAGGAGUCCAGUUCCGUACGGCAGUGGCGUACUCGCCGCUGCCCCGGAAGCUGGGUUCCGGUGUGACUUUGAACGGAACGGAACCGCUGUCCUUUGAGGUUCCUGGAGCGGGUGGGGAUGUCCCGCUGCUACUGAUGCAGGUGACUCACUUCCAUGACGACCGGCUGUGCGUCUCCUUUGGGUUCCAUCCGAUGUUCACUGACGGCUGGGGCGCCGCUACGUUCGCCGGCUACUGGGCUCAUCUGAUGCGCGGGGAGAAGCCGCCAGUCGGGCUCGAGUAUGCGAGGCCCACAAACCUUCAGGCUUCUGGUCGUCCGCUCGCGUCGCGGUACCACCCCGCCCUGUGCACCGCCCCUCCGUUUGCCCUGCGCAUUGAGGCAUUCAUCUCCUUCCUCCCGAGAGGCCUCCCCCAGGUCCAAGUCAUCCACCACCGCUGCUUCUUCCCAACCGCCCAGCUCAAAGGGCUGGCCCGAACGGAAUCCCGGCAGGUUACUCGCUUGGUGAUUCUUCAGAACGGGCGGAAGAUCAUCCCGAUCCGAACAGGGUACGUCGGAAAUGUGCUCAUCCCCCACCGGACGGGACCGAUCGCUGUCGAGCACCUGUGCGCCGAGCCGCUUACCUGGAGCGCGCGCCUGGUGCGCGCGGCGGUGAGGCGCGCCGACUCGGGCUUCGUCCAGGCGACGGUCGACUGGGUCACCGCUCAGCCGGACGUCGCCGCCGUGCGUCUCCAAGCAGACCACCACCGGGGCCCUGACGUGUGCAUCGCGUCAGCGCCAGACUUGCCGCUCGCGUCACUCGACCUGGGCUUCGGGCAGCCCCUCUCCCUCGGACAAGCACAUUCGUCGAGCGCCUCCGACGGGCUCGUGCUGCUGACGGCAUACGACGAGAACGGGGGGGGAGUGUGCGCUGACGUCAGCCUGCUGGAGGGGCUCAUGAGGGCGCUGCUCGCGGACACGGCCUUCAAGCGCUUCACAAAGGCGUCCCGGACGCCGGUCAAGAGGUGGGACGACGGCCAGUUCUACCGUCCGUACGUUUAGCGCGGACGCCUCAGGAGUCUAACUCAGCGCCGUCAGAGCUCUCAACCGCGCGUGGCUUGCUAGGAGAGUGUCAACUCGUAGAGCUUGGCCACUUCAACAGUGUGAUUGGCUAGUCAGCUAGUCAGCUCGGAAGCAUGGACGUGUACAUGCUAGCAAGCAGUCUUAAGGGGUGGCCGGAGUGGUCCCCUUUGAAAACUCAUGCAAAACUUCGGCAUACUGCUGAUCAUUUCUUUUUGAACGCCGUGACUAUCUUGGACGUAUGCAACUGCGAGAGCCCUGCAGUUACCAACUUGAUUCUGUG